AUGCAAUUUUACAUCACAGUUGUUUUGGCCUUUCUUGCCGGCAGUACUACCGCGCAAAUUAGAAGAUGCCCCUUUAAUGGAGGCAGUAUUCCAUUUGGUCAAUAUAUCUGUUCAGGACCUCGCGUAAACGGAUUUCCGGGAAAUGGCAUUUCACAAUGUGCUAUAAACGGGCAGAUUGUGCAGAUUGGUAGUGGGCCAUGCCCUCAUUACUGCAACUACAUUUCAGGAAUCCCAUAUUGCUUCUAA